AUGCGUUGGGGGUAUAUAUUUGGUUUUUUUUUACACUGUGAUCUGAAGCCAGAAAAUAUAGUAGUUAAAAGCUACAGUAGAUGUGAGGUGAAGGUCAUUAAUCUUGGGAGCAGUUGUUUUGAGACAGAUCACCUAUGCUCCUAUGUUCAAUUCAGGUCCUACCGUGCACCAGAGGUUAUCCUAGGACUUCCAUAUGACAAGAAAAUAGAUAUCUGGUCACUUGGUUGUAUCUUGGCAGAACUCUGUACUGGCAAUGUACUCUUCCAAAAUGAUUCACCUGCGACAUUGCUUGCACGAGUAAUUGGAAUAAUAGGUCCAAUCAAACAAGAUAUGCUUGCCAAAGGAUGGGAUACAUACAAAUACUUCACGAAGAAUCACAUGCUUUAUGAACGUAAUCAGGAGACUAAUCGACUGGAAUACCUGAUACCGAAGAAGACAUCCUUGAGGCAUCGGUUGCUUAUGGGAGACCAGGGUUUUGUUGAUUUUGUUGCUCAUUUUCUUGAAGUGAACCCAAAGAAUCGUCCAUGUGCAGUAGAGGCUCUGAAGCACCCAUGGCUAUCAUACCCAUAUGAGCCCAUAUCAGCUUGAGGUUUGUUCGAUGAGACUUGCGGCGAUAGCUUCAGCUCCCUCGUAUUGAUCGGGGAAGGAGCUAUUUGUAUUACUGACUGGAAUUGAUGUUAUCCAUUUGUAAUGGAUCUCUCGAAGGAGCUAUUAUCCUCCCUUGACAUGCCUGCAAAAUGCAUUCAAAGGUGUUUGAUUUUGUUUGGUUAUAUGGUUUUAUAUAUAUAUUAUAAAUCAUUCUCCUUAC